AUGACUUUUGGGUGUUGUUGGGAGGAGGGCAAAGUGAUCCACGGGCACAUUCUCGAAUCGGGAUUGAACGCGCAUCUGGAUGUCGCUGCUGCGAUCGUCAACAUGUACGGGAAGCUUGGCCGCUUGGAUCUGGCAAUGGAAGUGUAUGAUAGGGUGGAGGAGAAAAAGUUGGCGGCCUGGAACACUGCGAUUGCCGCAAAUGCCCAUAAUGGGCAGUUUGGAGCGGCGAUUGCGCUGUUGUGGAAGUUGGAUCUGGAAGGGAUCAGGCCUGAUAUGGUGACGCUGAUUGAGAUCCUGGCAGCGUGUUCUUGGAAGCAGGAUAAAGCACAGGGUAUAAAGAUCCACGAGCGUAUUUGCUCGUGUGGCUGGGAGCGUAAUGUUGUCGCUGGAACCUCUAUCGUCAACAUGUAUGGAAAGUGUGCCAGAUUCAAGGAAGCAAAGCGUGUUUUUUAUCAAAUGCACGUACGCGAUGUUGUGACUUGGAACGCUAUGAUCUCCGCGCUUGCCCACACCUGGCAUUGCAGAGAGGCGAUCAAUCUCUACAAGAAGAUGGGCGUUCAAAGGAAUUCGAGCAGUUUCAUGAGCGGCCUCGGUGCUUGUGCAUUUCUAGGAUCCCUGCAAGACGGCAAACAAAUCCAUGCCGAGAUCAUUGCGAGAUUUGCCAGCUUGUCCCAUCGAUUUCUCGAGACUGGAGUGGACAAUGUGACAUACGUGAACGCUCUCCACGCUUGCGCGGGACUGGGAUGGAUCGUCCAGGGCAGGGAUCUUCACUCGCGAAUCGCCGCGAGCGAGUGGAGCAGCGACGCAGUGGUGAUGAACAGCGUGAUGAGCAUGUUUGUGCGGUGCGGCAGCCCAGGCGAGGCCAAGCGCGUCUUCCUGGGUCUGAAGAACCGCUCCGCAGUGUCGUGGACGAUCGCGAUCGCUGCCAGUGCACAGCAAGGGAGCAGCGCGGCGAGGACGUGGAGCUGUUCUUGGGGAUGGUCCAAGAAGGCCUGGCCCCGGAUUCCUACACAUUCGCAGGGAUUCUCUUCGCAUGCAGCCAUGGAGGGCUUCUCGACACCGGAUGGAGCCGUCGAUGCGGCAGGAUUUUGGCGUGGAUCCGGGAGCCGAGCACUACGGCUGCCUGAUAGAUCUUCUGGGUCGCGCGGGGGCGAUCGAAUCAAGCCAAAGAGCUCCUCCUCGCCAUGCUCUUCUCUCCGGAUGAUAUUUCUUGGACGGCUUCCGUGUCUAUUAGGUGAUCACUGUGGCGCGGCUCGAGAUUGA